UCUUUCCCGCGCUCUCCCCGACCGCUAUCGGUCGCGGCAGUACCGGAAGGAGAAAGAGGAAUUGAGCAGCAGCCGCUGGCGCUGCUGGGCGGAGAAGAAGCCAGCCAGAGCUAGCCUGGGAAGGGUCCGGCGGUGAGUCGCUCUUCAUCCUUCCCAAGUCACGUCAGUAUAGGACGGAGGCAGGGCAAGCCGCACUGUGACUGGGGCAGAAGGAGAGGAGAAGGCAAUUGCCCGCGAUGAUGGGGCCGCUGCAGUGCUGAGCCCUGCCACUGGCCCACUGAAUGCUCUUCCACAGAUGCCCUGUGAUUAAGGACAGGGCCUAUUCAUGCCACCCCCAAACAGCGCAGUUUCUAAUAUAUGCUGGAAACACAAAACUGAAGAAUAGUUGAAUGAUGCAGACCAAUAGCCCCAGUGACAUACACCUGAGUGAGUGGCAGAAGAAUUAUUUUGCUAUUUCCUCUGGCACCUGUACACCAGGACAGAAGGCAGAUGCAUAUCGUGCACAGAUCUUACGCAUUCAGUAUGCAUGGGCAAACUCUGAGAUCUCCCAGGUUUGUGCUGCCAACCUGUUCAAAAAAUAUGCAGAAAAAUACUCUGCAAUUGUUGACUCUGACAAUGCAGAGACUGGCUUGAACAACUACGCUGAAAACAUUUUUACUUUGGCAAGAUGUCAGCAAAAUGACAGUGACAAGUGGCAAUCUGCUUUGACAACAAGUAAUGUGAUGGAAUUGAAGUGUGUGCAAGAGAUGGUGCAGGCUGGCAAAAAGCUCCAGAGCUCUCUGAUGGCACAAACAGAUGUAAGUGUUGAUAAAGAGGUCAGUGCCUCUGUUUCUUCAGGUCUUCCCAAGCUCACUCUCUGCAGUGGUGAUGGGGAAUCUGUAAUGGGAGCUGGCUCAUCGGAUUGUAUAAAUCAAGGACCCAAUAUCCUUGGGAGGGCAUCGGCCUUGAAGUUUCGUCAAAAUGGUAUGCCUGCCUCCACUGAGGCAAGAGAUGCCCAUUCUCUUCUGUCUGUGCCUAUAAGUGAAGUGUCUGAUAUUGCUUCUUGUGCAACCCCAUUAUUUGGAAAAAGUGAAUUGGCAUUUAAUAGUUCUCUGACACCCAUAAGUAAUUCUAGUUUGGGGCAAAGUUCAUCGUUUUCCACUCAGUCUUUUGUUUCUGCAGGGAUAGGCAAUCUGGGAAAAAGGAAAACCUUUUUUGCAUCAUGUGAAGAAAAUCAGAACCUAUCUUCUGGUUUUCUGCUUCAAAAGUCUUCAGGAGACACAGAAGGGAAAUAUUUCGUAGGGAAUGGAAGCAAAAACAGUGAGAAUGGAGCACCUGGUUUCAAAACAGCGAAAGAUCAGCUCUGGACAGAUCAGCAGAAGAAAUACCAAAACCAGCCCCAACGUACACAACUCCUAUCUUAUGGUGGUACAAAAAAGUCUUUGGGAGCUGGAAGAUCUCGGGGUCCAUUUGGAAAGUUUGUCCCUCCGGUGCCAAAACAAGAUGGAACUGGAAACAUAGGAAUGCAGUGCAAACCUUAUGGACCUGGGUCUACAGAGGUGGCUUGUCCACCAGAUGAACGGUUAAAGAAUAUAGAACCCAAAAUGAUAGACCUUAUUAUGCAUGAGAUAAUGGACCAUGGGCCUCCAGUAAACUGGGAUGACAUUGCUGGAGUUGAGUUUGCAAAAGCAACUAUCAAGGAGAUAGUAGUAUGGCCUAUGCUGAGACCUGAUCUUUUUACUGGCUUACGAGGCCCUCCCAAAGGAAUUCUUCUUUUUGGUCCUCCUGGGACAGGGAAGACUCUUAUAGGCAAGUGUAUUGCAUGCCAAUCUGGGGCCACAUUUUUUAGCAUCAGUGCCUCUUCACUGACCUCCAAAUGGGUAGGUGAGGGAGAAAAGAUGGUCCGUGCAUUGUUUGCUGUGGCACGAAGCCAGCAGCCAUCAGUAAUUUUCAUUGAUGAAAUUGAUUCUCUCUUAUCCCAGCGUGGGGAGGGGGAACACGAGUCUUCUAGGAGAAUAAAAACCGAAUUCUUGGUUCAGUUAGAUGGAGCAACAACUUCUUCUGAAGACCGCAUACUGGUUGUGGGAGCAACCAACCGGCCACAGGAGAUCGAUGAGGCUGCCCGAAGGAGAUUAGUGAAGAGACUCUACAUCCCACUUCCUGAGGCUUCUGCCAGAAAGCAGAUAGUGUCUCAUCUGAUGUCAAAGGAACAUUGCUUCCUAACUGAAGAGGAAGUGGACCUCAUUGUUAAAAAAUCAGAUGGUUUUUCUGGAGCUGACAUGACUCAGCUUUGUCGAGAGGCUUCUCUGGGCCCUAUCCGUAGCCUUCAAUAUGUUGACAUUACAACUAUCACACCUGACCAAGUACGACCUAUUGUUUUUCAAGAUUUUGACAAUGCUUUAAAAACUGUGCGGCCCAGUGUAUCUUCCAAAGAUCUGGAAUUGUAUGAUACUUGGAAUCAAAUGUUUGGGUGUGGAAGAUAAUUAGGAAUACAUCUGUUUCAUUGGGUUUUGUGAUAACUUGUAUUUUAACUGACUUUCAUUUAUAGAAUGUUCAUGAUCUUGUAAUGAGUAAACUCUACAUUGACUUAUGCUCUUUUGCUUUGUUGCCUGAGCUACUAAGCCCUCUGAGCAUAGGUAGAUUGUUUUGCAAGACAUUAUUGAGGUUACCAUCCUGAUCACCCUUCCUAGGAUGUAAAUCCCUUUGGAUUCAAUGGGAUUUAUGUGUGCAAGUUUCGGUAGUAAAGUUACAGUGUAAACAUAUCAGAGCUGUUCCACCAUAACCAUUCAUACAAAGAAUCUGUAAAGCUCUUCUGUAUUUUGCUAUAGUUUUCUCCAAUCGUUGAUCUUUUAUUGGUCAACUUUAAUCUGAGACACUGGGCAUGCUCCAAAACAUGUACAAAGCAACCCUUUCCCAUGCACUUGCAAUCCCAUGCACGUGCAAACUGUCCAGACUGUUUUGUUUUUCGUUUCCUUUAAAGAGAAAAAAUACCACAUGAUUCUGUGUAGUUUGAAUCUAAGUUUUCUGACUCUGGGCAUAAAUGCAUGUACAAGGCAUUCUGGUGCUGGACUGAUACAGUGAGUUGUGCAAGUAUUUAAAACUCCAUAUUACAAUUCCUCAUUGAUGAGAUUGAUUCCAUUCUCACAUUAAAUUGGAACUUACUAGUCUCAGAAAGCUUUAUAAAACCUAUAACCAGUUUGGCAAUUAUUUUUUCCUUGGAUGUUCUUUCUAAUGUCUAGAUAAGGACCAAAACAUCUGUAUCAGUCUUGCUCCCUGCUGACAUUUUGCCAUGUAAUUUUGAAAAUAUAUUGAUAGAACAUAAAUAUUGCACACAUAACUGUAGAAGCUAUCUAAAUGGGAAACUUUAAAACACCUUAAUUAAAUGCAAGGGUGGCUUUUUUGAUUGUAGGUUACUGUAUGCAGCCUAGAGGAAUGCCUAGUAUGAAUAAGUUCUUGUUCUACAUACAUUGCUGAAUUUAUCAAAUAUAUGACUAAUUGUAUCAUAUUAAAAAUAAAUUAUAUUUUUUAUUUCA